CUCAACAGGAGAGCCUCUGCCAAUUUCAACCGUUGGAAGCCUACCCUUCCCGCUGACCCAUCCAUAGCACAACAAACCAUGUACCUUUAGCAGCAGUUAUUGUACCUCGAUGGAUCUCCUCGGGUGCUCCGCCGUCCGUUUCCCUAAUACUUAUCUCCGGCGUUCGCCACUUCGCCCAUGCUCCGCCGCCGUGAGGUCGAGUAUGAGCCUCCCUUUCCCUGAGCAGAAAGCAAAAUACUAUAGAGAGUUGGAAGCUGCCGUUGAUGUUGUCGAGCGAGCUUGCCGUCUUUGCAUUGAUGUGAAGAGCUCAUUGUUCUCCAAUGAUGAUAGGAUUCUUGAGAAAAAGGACCAAACCCCAGUCACUAUUGCAGAUUUCGGCGUGCAGGCUUUGGUUAGCUUGGAGAUGAACAGACUCUUCCCUUCCAUUCCUUUGGUGGCUGAAGAGGAUUCAUCAUUCUUGCGGUCAACUAAUCUAAUCGGAUCAGUGGUUGAUGUGGUUGUGGAUAAAGCAACUCUCAGAGACAAAGCAACAGAAGAUAGUGUCUUGAAAGCAAUUGACAAAGGGGGAAAGGAUGCCUGUACUUUUGGGCCAAAGCCAGCCACAUACUGGGUACUAGAUCCCAUUGAUGGGACACGAGGGUUUGUUAAAGGUGUUGAAGCUCUCUAUGUGGAGGAGAGGAAUUUCAAUGAAGAGAACAGCUUAACAUGUGAGGUUGUUUUCCAUGGCAAUGGCUAAAGGUAGCAAGUAAUAGCCGUGUGGGAUUAUCUCCAAAUCAGUCUCUUCCUUUUGCCCAUUGUGCUCGUUGGCCAUUAUUUCUUGUCUUGCUGAGGUUGAGAGACACGAUUUUCUGAGUAAGCCACUUAGAUACAAUGAACUUUCAAGGAAUUAGCAGUAUUGUUUAAAUAUUAACAGCUUUAUGCAUCUUCCUCAAUCCCUCGUGGAGCACCAAUACUAGCCUUCAGCUGUCAGUGGGUCAGGAAAUCUGCUCUCUAUACUUGUAUAAUCACUCCAACUGAUUUUGCUCUAUAGUCAGUUAAGUUCAGAUUUGUUGCAGCAGAAAUCUUGAUUUGGUCAAGCUUUCUUGAGGAUGAUAAUAUAAUGAUGAGAA